AUGAGCAGCCUGAAGCCGGACGGCGACCCCGGACCCGGACCGGCCACCGACCCCGGCCCCACCCCGGCCACCGCCGCCGCCACCGAGGAAGAGGUCCGCACCCUGUUUGUCAGUGGCCUCCCCAUGGACAUCAAGCCCAGGGAACUCUACCUGCUCUUCCGACCGUUCAAGGGGUAUGAAGGUUCACUGAUCAAGCUCACGUCAAAGCAGCCAGUUGGUUUCGUUACCUUUGACAACCGGGCAGGGGCAGAAGCAGCCAAGAAUGCGCUGAAUGGUAUACGCUUUGACCCAGAAAACCCACAGACCUUGAGGCUAGAGUUUGCCAAAGCCAACACCAAGAUGGCCAAGAGCAAGCUAAUGGCGACACCAAAUCCCACCAGCAUCCACCCCGCCCUGGGAGCACAUUUCAUCGCACGGGACCCCUAUGACCUGGCCGGAACAGCUUUGAUACCUGCAUCUCCGGAGGCCUGGGCCCCCUAUCCACUGUACACCACAGAACUGACCCCCGCCAUCCCUCAUGCUGCGUUCACUUACCCAGCUGCUGCCGCCGCCGCCGCUGCUUUACAUGCUCAGAUGCGCUGGUACCCUCAGUCUGAAGCCACCCAGCAAGGCUGGAAGUCCCGCCAGUUCUGUUAACUCUGCAGUUUCCCCAUCCGGCUCGAGUCCCCACGUCAGUCUCUCCUCCGUGGAUCUCUGUGCCUGGGAAGAAGCUGUCGCGUUGACUUGGGGGAAUCUUUGGGUUUGACCGGGCACCAAAGUCUGUGCUCAGUGCUGCCGUAACCUCAUGCUGCUCCCGUGAGGAGCUGGCUGUUGUGUGUCUGUGUGCUCUAUUCCCCCCCCCCCCCUUGACCCCCUAAAGACUGUGAAUUAUAAACCCAACUCAGUGGACUGCUUCCAACAUUUUUGGUCUUCUCUUGCCAUCUUCUCUCCCCCUCGCCCCACUUCGGCAGCCUCUCCUAAUCCGAAGCCGAGUCGGCCGAGGCCUAGGGUUCGGACCCAGCAGAGGCCUACCUGGGGCCUGAGCCGUGGCUCCCUGGCUUCCCGGUCCUGUUAUUUCUGCAGCUCUGCUUGGAGGAAAUGAGACAUUUGGUUUUUUUGCAUGUUUUCUGGCAUGAAUUAAGACACUUAAACUUGUAUAUGUGUAAGUGUAGGUUUGUUUGUUCUAGCGUUGGUGUAAUCAUAGCAACAGGUCUUGGCCUCCUUAUGGAUCGAUCAAGGUUUCCUCCCCCAACACCUUCCAUGUUUUCAUCUGGCUUCUGUGAAGAUGUGGCUUUGGAACAUGCAGAUGGUCACCUACACUCCUUCUCUUCCUCACUCUUUCCCUCAGGAUGGGCAGAAAAAUGAAGAAAACCUUCAAGUAUAAUGCACUGGGUUUCUUUCCUCUCUGUUCAAAUCAGGGUUAUUCCACUUUCCUCCUUAAACAGGUCCUCUCCAGCCCAUGGUCGUAAGAAAAAUCUCUAGACCGCUGCUUCUUCUUUCCUCCUCCCAAUCGGUGAGAAUACCAUCCUGCCAAAUCGCCGCCAUCCUUCCUGAACUUCCAAACAAAAGUGCAAGUAUUUUUGUACCAUGUGUAAUAAGGAAAUAUUUAUGCAUCAUAAAGGAUUUCGUGUGUGUGUGUGUGUGUGUGCAAUUAAUUAUUAAAGAGAAAUGGUAAUCCUGUCAAGAUAAAUUAAGUGUUUAGUUUGAGGCUUGAAGGAGGAGAAAAAAGUUUCUGUUCAGUGAUGAGCAUUUUGUUGGGCGUUGGGAAAAAGUUGUGCAAUUCCAUUUUUGUUUUGUGAUCAUAUUAUUGCUUGAUAUUGAAGUGCUUUAACUAUUUCCUACAGCUGUGGCUGUCGCUUGUAUUAAAAGACUUUGGAGAAUAAGUUGGUAUUAUAAUUGCUGAUCCUAUGAAUGUGAAACUGGAUAAUAUAUAAAUGCAAAAAAAAAUCCCAAA